AUAGUAAGCGUAUGUGAGCGAUGAGUAGUGGUAAGGUUUAUUUCGAAUAUUUAUCAUUGUAAUCCUUUCGCCUUUUAUGGGUCGCCCGAAUCUAAUUGUAAAACACUGCAACAGAUCAUAAAAAUCUCAUGCGGCAAUUUGUUAAAUAGCACUAUUAAAGUGUAGCUCAAACUCAGUCUGCAUAAGUCAUUCCAAAUACCACGUGCAAAAUAGUGCCAUUCAACUCCUAGUAGUUAGUAUUCUGACCCAACUCGUACCUGCCAGUAUGCCCGUCCCCUCCCUGGACAAAGCCCCGAAAUCGUACGAUGAUCGUCUGGUUGAACUGGACGAGCAGCUCCAACAGCACGCGCAAAUCUAUCUUCGAGAGGAGCCGGAGCUCCGGCAGCAGAUGCUGGCGCAGCUUCGGGAUUGGAUUGCAAAGCAUCCUCACAUCAGGAAAGUUCGCACUGAUGCCAUUUUUCUACUGAAGUUUCUCCGAGCGAAAAAGUACAAUUUCAUUAACGCUUCCCAAUUAUUGGAACGCUAUCUGGCGAUCAAAGUGCUGCAUUCAGAUUGGUUCGGGAAGUUGGACGUCGACGAUCCGGAGUUAAGCGCAUUGGUGGACACCGGGUACUUGUUCCCACUACCGGAACGAGACGGCAAAGGUCGCACAUUGUUGUUCAGCGUGGCUUCUGGGAUUGAUCCAACCCGAUUCACCGCACGACAUGCCAGUCGGCUGCACAUGAUGACGGCGGAGCUGUGUGCGGAAUCGAACGAGUUUCUCUGCGGGGGAUUUAUUCUGGUGUAUGACUUUUCCAACAUCACAAUGGCCCAUCUCAAUGUGGUGUCCUUCAGCGAUAUCCGAUUGCUUUCCAAAGCGGCCAACAAUUCGCUUGCCGUGAGAGCUCAGGAGGUUCAUUUUGUUAACACACCGAGUGCGGGUUUGGCGAUUGCAAAUUUCGCCCUUCAAUUGGCGAAUGAGAAACUUCGGAGUAGAAUUUUCUGCCAUAAAAACUGGGAAGAGUUAUACAAACAAGUUGAUAAGAAUCUUUUACCCAAAGAAUACGGAGGGAAAGUACCACAGGCAGAGUUGAUCGAGUCCUUUAAGAAACGUUGCAAAGAAAUGCAACCGUUGUUGAUGGCAUACGACGAGAUGGACAUGGAUAUUGCCAAGGAUUCUGAAUACAGAAACGAUGGGUCUAGUGAUGAGCUGGAAUCUGGAGCUAUUGGAACGUUCCGAAAAUUGCAGGUUGAUUAGAAUGGAUUAAUAAAUUAUUAGAACAAAUUAGAUCAAUUAAACAAGUUUCAAUGGAUUUACAGAUAUCAUUAAGUAAUAUUCGUGGAGUACGAAUAUUUUAAUUCUAAUCUAGCUACCCAACAUUUAAAAAAAAAAGGUUAUCUCGAGUUCUGUUCUGCUUAUUUCUUAGGUUGAUAACAUUGAUCAUGAUAACAUGAUAAGAUGAAGGAAUUGUAGCACUGUAACUUGAAUAAUUAUUCAUAGAAUAGUUUGUCUCAGCAGCCGAGUUCAAUAACAAUAAAUGUUCAUGACAACGCGCAACACGACGCAAAAUUAACGUAUUUUUAUAGAAAAAUGUUAAAAAUUCUGUGAGAACCAUCAUACUUUUAUCAGGCAUCAUUCUUGGAGAGGGUUCAAUCUCCCCAAUAUUUUAAAUUUAAGUUUUUGACAUCGCUUCAAAAUAUUGAGU